AUGAGAUAUAUGCUGACAGAGAGUGACAUUGAUUUACUAGGCCGAUAUUCUAUGUCUUUCGCCGCCAGCCCACACACAUACUCAUGCUGCAUCACACACACUCAGACACGCCUAAAGACCUAUUUCCCAGGACACAAUCCAUCGAUCCACGGGGGCAUCAAUUGUCACUUGGCACAGAAGUCGGCAUAUCUCCUCUCAACCCCAUCAUAAUACAGCGUCCCCUGCAGCCGCUCAUCCGUCCACUGCGCAAAGGACGGCGGCCCGAUGUCAUUCCACCCCUUUGGCCACGUCUGGCCGGGGAAGUGCACCACUGCCGGCACAGACACAUAGUGGGCGUCCGGCCACUCGACCACCACACGCCCGCCCCCAGAUGCAGAGAGCAGCUCUUUCGCCCUCUUGCGGAUGGCCGAGGGAUCGGUGCUCGACAUAAAUGCCUCCGAUAAUGGGAGGGAAAAGGAUGGAUGGGAGGCGUUGUGUCGGUGGGGGUGGGGAUGAUAGUGGAGGUGUCUGUGGACGAGUGGCGUGUUGGCCGUCAGCGAGAGACGCGAGUCGUAAUCCAGCCGCAGACCGAACCGCUCCCGUGUCUCGUCGUUGAGGAAGAUGAAGUAUGACAUGGCCUGGUCCGAACCCAGAAAGGUCUCUUUCCCCGCCCCUGUGUCCAGCAGCUGCUGCUUGUACGCCAUAUACUCGCGAAAAGCGCCAAUGCGGCCCAGGUGGAGGCCCGCAUUGAUGAACCGGUUGCCGAAGGGGCUCUCAGCAAGGGAUGAGAGCAUGGAGGUCAGAUUGCCGUCGUGACUGAUGGCAACGGACCGUGUUUCUCGUGGAUUGGGCGGCAUCAGGCGGCAUACAUCUGUCUGUUGCUGCAGCUGCUUUGGCGCGCAGAGCGUCUCGGUGCUGACGAUUAGCCCUGAUGAGUUGACGGCGGUCGCAUACAGUUCCUUGAUCUGCGUCUCGUUGAACUGAAACCACACAUCCCAUGCACUGAUACACGCACACACACACACACAGAGCACACAUCGAUGGUGCCAUUCAUGGGUCGCGCACUCACUCCGACUCACUCGGCCAUGAGGAUGAGGUCAUCGUCAGGCAGCCCCUGCAGGUAGCUCUGUGGCAGGAGUAUCUUGACAUUCCCCGCCGUCCGGUUGAUGCCUCUCGCUUCGCAGUCGAUGUCGUCGCUCCCAAUCACCUCCAAUGCGAUGCUGUUGGCCGCUGCUGUGGCGAACGAGUUGCGGCACACGAAGGCCCAGUGAGUGUGGACGUCUGUGUCGCCGUCAAGCGUGGCCACCAUCACAACAUGCAGGCGUGGCUCGUCGGGCGAGGUCCUCUUAAGAGGGCUGCGGAAUCCGCCAUGCCGAUGCUUAACGACGGAUGACAGCUGACAUGGCAACAAGGACAACAUAGGACAACAAGUUGAACGACACUGCAAACUGAGUGUCUCACUGACCCACCUGUUGCUGCGGCGCUCUCUGCUCAUGGCCCUCCCUGGAGGCAGCCCACACGCACACGUGUCGAUGACUGAGACAGACCACCAGCACCACCUGCAGAGACGCUCGCAACCACGACAGCAUCAUUCGUCAGGCGGGGCAACAGAAAGUCGGCAGAGAGUGGUCAUGGGGGCGAGUUGCUCUGGGGGUCAGGAG